AUGAAUCCGAAUGAAAAAGGCAGAGGCAUGCUACUUUACAUUCGUAAAAACAUCCAAUAUAAAGAAACAGACGAUGACUCUGGAUUCGAGGAACUGCAAGUGUUUAACUUGAUUUUAACGGAGGUAGAAGUUGUCAUCGCCUCGACAUAUCGGAGCCCAUCAUCAACUCACGAAAACAACUCCAACCUCAACAAUUUUUUAAGAAAAAUAGGAUCAAGUCGAUCUAGAUACAUUGUGCUGGGAGACAUGAACUUCCGAGAUAUAGACUGGAAAUAUUUGAGCACGAAUCACGACGAAAACAGCAAAGAACACCAUUUCAUUGAGGCGGUCAGAGAUUCUUAUCUCGACCAACAUGUUGACAGACCAACACGCGUGACCAAACAUAAUGAACCGUCACUCCUAGACCUCUUAUUAACUGAUAAAACCUUAGAACCAUCUUCCAUUGAAUACAUCUCUCCACUGGGGAAAGGUGACCACACACUGUUACACGCAAAAUUCAACCUUUGGACAACAAGGCGCUCCAAAGAGAGGCUAAAUUACAAUAAAGGAAGCUACGAUGAACUCAGGUCUGACUUAAAAAAUAAUCUUAUUUACGAAGGUUUGCUAACCCUUGACCAAAAUUGGAAUAAAUUCAAAAGUACUCUUGAUUCUGCCACCAAGAAAUUUAUACCUAAAAUGAAAAUCCGGAUAAAGCAACACAAAUUGCCAAUGAGCUCCGAAGUAAGAGAUGUACUUCGAGAUAAACAUAAAACUUGGAAAGAUUUCAAGAAAGAGAAGUCGCAAAGAAACUAUGAAAACUACACAUCGGCUCGAAACAAAGUCAGGAAAUUGACACGACAAUGUGUUCGAAAGCACGAAGAAGAUGUAUCCAAAAGCAUCAAACACCAACCUAAAAAGUUCUGGAACUACGUGAAUAAGAAAAUUAAAACAACCGAAAUAAUACCGGCUCUCAAAAUUGGACCAAACAAGUGGGCCAUGACCGACAAAGAUAAAGCUGAUACUCUUGUCAACUUUUUCAGUUCUGUAUUCACGAUUGAAACACCAGGCAGCCGGGAAGUAGUGGAUUACCAAGAAAAUCAAUUAUCUGAUGACCUCUUUAUCUCCAAAGAGACAAUCCUAAAUGAACUCAAUGCGCUAGACACUACGAAAUCAACGGGGUCAGAUAACGUACACCCUCGGGUAUUGCGAGAAUCCCGAUACGAAAUAGCUGAAAUGAUGAGUGGUUUAAUGCAAAGUUCUUGGGAGAAAGGUGAAAUACCAGAAGAUUGGAAAUGCGCAAAUAUAACAGCAAUUCACAAGAAGGACGCAAAAAGUGAUCCUAACAAUUAG